AUGGGCAAUGUGACGUCAAGUGUUGCUGCGAAAUUUGCUUUUUUCCCACCAGACCCACCAACAUAUGAUGUGUAUAGAGAUGAAGAAGAUGGGAGGCUCAUUUUCAGUGGCUUAACGGCUGAUAAAAACGUUGAUGUUCAUUUGUUAGAAACAAAGGGUGGUAACAAGAUUGUGGCCACGUUUUGGAGGCACCCUUUUGCAAGGUUUACGCUUUUGUACUCUCAUGGCAACGCUGCUGAUUUGGGUCAAAUGACGGAGCUCUUCAUUGAGCUCAGAGCUCACCUCCGUGUCAAUAUCAUGAGCUAUGAUUAUUCGGGAUAUGGAGCAUCCACUGGUAAGCCAUCUGAGUUCAACACAUAUUAUGACAUAGAAGCUGUCUACAAUUGUUUGAAGAGUGAAUAUGGAAUCAAGCAGGAGGAUGUGAUUUUGUAUGGCCAAUCGGUUGGAAGUGGACCCACGCUACACUUAGCUUCUCGUUUUCAGAGGUUAAGAGCUGUCGUUCUUCAUAGUGCUAUCCUUUCAGGAAUACGAGUCCUGUAUCCUGUCAAGGUGACACUCUGGUUUGACAUUUUCAAAAAUAUAGACAAAAUAAGGAACGUCAGCUGUCCCGUUCUGGUUAUCCAUAGGCCUCAUGUUACAGGCACAUUUUCUGCAUUGUGCUUAAUUUUCUUGGGAGACAUCAUGUAUGUCCACAUGAAGCCCACACCACCUGCUGACAUCACUGGCCUGACAACUGUCAGUGAUCUUUUAUCUCCAGUUGUUAAGCAGGUGGUUGCCAAACAUUAUUCUGAUUGCAGAACUGCAAAUCAUGUGGAGUUUUUUUGGAAAUCCAAAAGUGGAAUCUUGUGUUUACCUGGGGUUUGGAUUGGUAUCCUGGAAAACAAAGGAACAAAUGAUGACAUUGUUGACUGGUCCCAUGGUAAGCGGUUGUGGGAACUUUCCAAGGAGAAAUAUGAUCCAUUAUGGGUUCAGGGUGGAGGACAUUGUAACCUUGAAACUUUUCCAGAGUAUAUUAAGCACAUGCAGAAGUUUGUAAAUGCAAUGGAGAAACUCUCCUUUACAAAACGAAGCAAGCCACCUCCAUCAACACCAAGUAUAACGGACUCCAAAAACAAUAG